AUGACGAUGUCCCGCCAAAGGCCAAGGGAAAUCCUUGACUCGGACGACGAAGGAAGCGUCUUUGGCGACUCCGACUAUAACUGCGAACAAACACUUGACAUGCUCCCUGACACCCAAGACGCAAGCUACGAAGCAAAUCAUGAAGUUGUCCUAGCUAGCCAUGCGGCUACCGAGUCUACAGAUCCCUCAUUUUUUCAGCGAGUCUACGAUGCGCAAUACGCUGCCGUAGCGGGACAGCCUGAUGAAAGCGGCCUUAUCCCUGACACUCUGCCUGGGAAGGACUGGGUGUCAGUAGGUACAGACACUGGUCCGGCAACUGCGACAACAUCCCAGCGCAAGAGACGGAGAGGGAGAAUUCAAGAAACGGACGUCGUCGAUUUGACAAGUCCAACCCCUCUAGAAAAGAACAACAACUCGGAUGUGUGGGAUGUACCCAACUCGGCGCCCAGGCAACGGAAUAAGAGGACGUAUGGGCGGCAAAGAGACACAGAGUCAGAUGAGCUGGCACCGACGCAGGAUCCUUUUGCAGUUCCUGAAGAAACACCCAGGCUGAAGAGAACUCGGGUCAGGAGAGGAGAGGUGGCCACGCAAAGCUCGAGUCCUGUGAUGCUUGUCCCUUCUAACACGGCAGAGGGAGGGGCUGACUCAAGCUCGGUGAACACCGAAGCUGGUCCGUCACUGUAUAUCCCACAGAGCGAGCUGGCAGCGAGCCAGAAGCAGGAGUGCCAAGUGGUCAGCCUUUCUCCAGCAGAGGGGAGUGAGGUGGUGUCUGACACGUUUGCCCAUCAGCAUCAGCCGACAAGCUCAGAAAUCGAAGAGGUUGCUACAACCGCGUUGUACAAGUCAAGCGGGAUGACAACUAUUGCAUACCCUACUCCGAGCAGAGUCAAGUCUUCUCUGAGACGGCGAGAAGGACAGAUGGAAGCACAGAUAUCCGGAUGGGGCGUCUACGAGCCACCGCAGUCAUCACCGGAUGUGCUAGCAGAUUUGACAAGCACUGAGAACCCAAAAGCUAAACGGACUAAAGCAAAGGUCGUAUCCUCAACUGUUGAGGAGAAAGAAACCCCUCCUUCGAUACGGCUGCCGAAGAAACGGCGGGUUGUGCAAGAUGAGGAUGAAGGAUAUGGGGAUUGGCAACAGGUGACAUCGAUGGAACAACAUAUCAACGAUCAGGCACUAAGUGAAGAGGUCCCCGAAGGAGGUGCAGAUGAACAAUUCGGUGAUCAAUCCGUCGCUCCUCCUGCACUCGAGUCCCCAGAAAUCGCAACCAAACAACUAUCACCACCCGUUGAAUCGGCUCCGAAGAAGCGAGGCCGCCCAAGGAAACGCAAAUUCGAGGAAGAUAUGACCCCAGCACAAAAGGAGCCUGCACCUGUACCUACAGAGCCCGAAGCUCCAGUACCACCAGCAAAACGGAAGCGUGGACGGCUAAGGAAGUCAGAGGUCAAGCCAACUGAUGAUAUGCCAGCUCAACCAGCCGUUGAAACCGAGGCCGAUGCCAUUGGGAGCAACCCAGAAACUCUCACCGAGGUCCAGGUUAAUCCACAGCCCGUCAUGGCACAGCCUACAGAAGACUCAAGGCAUAAGGAAGAAACCGCUGAUUCUAGUGAAAGCAAAGAGAAUAAUGGCAAUGGGCCAUCAAAGCCGGCGACUGCCAAGGACUCGAUGCCAGCUAAACGGAAUGUUGACGAGUAUGAAGAAACUCCAAUACCAAAGGAGGAAGAUAUGGAAGACGGGGGUUCCAAGGAGGCUGCUACACCAGCAAUUGUACUGCCCAAGCUGAAUCUGGGAAUGAAAGCGCAGUACCGCGUGGGUCUGAGCAAAAAGUCUAAGAUCGCUCCGCUGCUGAAGUCGUUGAAGAGGCCUACAUCGACGAUUUCAUGA